AUGCACCACGUGCAUCAAGUUGAGAUAAGAACAGAAGAGCGUGCCUUUGGGUGGAAGGUGAGUGUACAGAUUGAUCGUCACCAUCCGGCGGCAGAGAGUAGAGAAUGGCAGAAGAAGAACAAGAGUUGGGUUCGUCCUCAAACAGAACCAGCAUUUAAUGUCACACGCAGAACCUUCUCGUAA